GCAAUAAUUUAAUAAAUAAUAACAGUGUUGGAUCAGUCGGUAGUAACUCACUAUUACUACCACCUCCACCACAAAAGGUUGUGCAAAAUAUCAAACCAAAGAAAGGUAGCGUCUAUGAUAAUGAAAUUCAAGCAUUAACCAAAAGAAGAGCCAAUAGCGCAAGUUCCAAUGGAGGUAAAAAUUACAGUAGUUCUAAUGACGACUCUGGUAAUAAUAAAAAACAAAAAAAAACCACAUUUGACAAGAAUGCAGGUGGUGGUAUUGGCGGCAAUAACAGUGAUAAUGAAGGUGGUAAAAAAAAGAAAAAGAAUUUAUCAGCAAUUGCAGCAGCAGAGGGUAAAAAGAUUCCAGUAUGGAGAAAGGUAUUAAGUGACGACUCAAAAUUAUUCUCAAACGAAAGAACAUGGAUGAGUUGGGUUGGAACAACAUUCUCUUUAGGCGCCAUUGGUACAUCAAUUAUUACUUUUUUUGGUACAGAAUCGUUAUCUCUAUUCACCGGUCUUUGUCUCUGGAUUAUUGCAAUUGGAUUUUUAGUUUAUAGCUAUAUUAUUUUCAGGUUAAGAAGAAGAGCCAUCAUAAAUAAAGUAGCAGGUCCUUUUGAUGACAGAUAUGGCCCAAUCGCUUUAAUUGUUAUGGUUAUGUUUGCAAUCACACUUUUCUUGGUAUUCUUUAUUGUCAAAAAACCAAAAGCUUUGGCAGAAAGAUAA